AUGUUAUCAGUGUGCAAUAGUGUUGGAACGAAAAAAGAAAGAUCAGUACAGUACAGUAGUACUAGUAGCAGUAGUAGUAGUAGUAGUAGUAGUAGUAGUAGUAGUAGUAGCAGUAGUGCGAAUAGUAGUAGUAGUUGUUUUUGUAGUAGUGUGAGUAGUAGUAGUUGUUUUUGUAGUAGUGUGAGUAGUGUGAGUACUAAUAGUAGUAGUUGUUGUUGUGGUAUUGUGAGUAGUAGUAGUAGUAGUAGUAGUAGUAGUAGUAGUAGUAGUAGUAGUAGUAGUAGUAGUAGUAGUAGUAGUAGUAGUAGUAGUAGUAGUAGUAGUAGUAGUAGUUCCAUAAAGUAG